AUGUGGGAGGCGAAGCUGGAGCCCGACGUCAUCAGCUACAGCGCUGGGAUCAGCGCGUGCGGGAAGGGCGAGCAGUGGCAGCGGGCACUUGCGCUGCUGAGCGCGAUGCGGGAGGCGAAGCUGGAGCCCAACGUCAUCAGCUACAACGCUGGGAUCAGCGCGUGCGAGAAGGGCGAGCAGUGGCAGCCAGCGCUUGCGCUGCUGAGCGAGAUGUGGGAGGCGAAGCUGGAGCCCAACGUCAUCAGCUACAGCGCUGGGAUCAGCGCGUGCGAGAAGGGCGAGCAGUGGCAGCGGGCGCUUGCGCUGCUGAGCGAGAUGUGGGAGGCGAAGCUGGAGCCCAACGUCAUCAGCUACAGCGCUGGGAUCAGCGCGUGCGGGAAGGGCGAGCAGUGGCAGCGGGCACUUGCGCUGCUGAGCGCGAUGCGGAAGGCGAGGCUGGAGCCCAACGUCAUCAGCUACAACGCUGGGAUCAGCGCGUGCGAGAAGGGCGAGCAGUGCAGUGGCAGCGGGCACUUUUGCUGCUGA